AUGCACGCCGAUCGGCCUCUGUGGGUGCGUUACGACUUGGAAGCCGUCGGCAAGGCCGUCUCUCGCGAGCAACUCGUCGGCCGGCCAACCACGAUGUGGCGAUAUCGCGAGCUUCUGCCGCCAGAGCACGACGAAUCGAUUAUCUCCUUUGGUGAAGGGAUGAGCCCGACCAUCCCGUGUCCGCGGCUCGGCGAACACCUGGGGCUACGCGACCUGUGGGUGAAGGACGAAUCGCAGCUUCCCACCGGCAGCUUCAAGUCGCGUGGCCAGGCCGCCGCGAUCACGAUGUGCAAAGAGUUUGGCGUCAAUCGGGUGGCGAUCCCCACGGCCGGCAACGCCGGAGGGGCCAUGGCCGCCUACGCAGCGCGGGCCGGGAUGGAAGCGUUUGUUUUCAUGCCAGAAGACACGCCCCUGAUCAACCAGCGUGAAUGUUUGCUGGCCGGGGCGAAGACGUUCCUUGUGAACGGUCUCAUCACCGAUUGCGGGCGAAUCGUCCGCGAAGGCAAAGAGACCAUGGGUUGGUUCGACAUCUCGACGCUGAAGGAGCCCUACCGCAUUGAAGGCAAGAAGACGAUGGGUCUCGAGCUGGCCGAACAGUUCGAGUGGACGCUGCCCGACGUGAUUCUGUAUCCCACCGGCGGCGGCACCGGGCUCAUCGGCAUGUGGAAAGCCUUUGCUGAAUUGGCCACGCUCGGUUGGUUGAACACCGACAAACGCCCCCGGAUGGUAGCCGUUCAGUCGCGGGGUUGUGCCCCCAUCGUCAAAGCUUACGAAGCCGGCGAGCGAUUCGCAGAGCCCUUUGCCAACGCCCAGACCAUUGCCAGCGGAAUUCGGGUGCCGGCGGCCGUGGGCGAUUUCAUGAUUCUCGAUGCGGUUCGCGAAAGCGAGGGGCUUGCCAUCGCCGUCGACGAAGAUCAUCUUCGUCGGUGGAUGCAGUUGGGCACCUCGAAGGAGGGCAUUUCGUUCUGCCCCGAAACAGCCGCCUGUAUUGGGGCCGCAGAGCACCUCACGCAGACUGGGUGGAUCAGCCCCAACGAUCGGGUCGUGAUCUACAACACCGGAGCUGCUCAAAAAUACCCGGAGGCCAUGGCCGCCGAACUUCCCAAGUUGGACCACACGCAACCGCUCGACUGGGAUCGAAUCGCCCGAGAUGUCAGCCGUGAGAUUCGUCUUCGUGAGAAUCCCGUGGGAAUGCCGACGGCCGAUACCUUCGAGUUGGCCGAAGUGCCGGUGCCGCAGCCGGGCAAUGGGGAGUUUCUCGUUCGCAACAUCUGGAUGUCGGUCGACCCCUACAUGCGGGGCCGGAUGAUGGGCGUGAAGACCUACGUCGAUCCGUUCGAGGUCGGCAAGCCGCUCAACGGUGGCUGCGUUGGGCAGGUUGUUGCAUCGAACAACGAGAAGUUCGCCGUGGGCGAUUACGUGAUGGGCAUGUUGGGCUGGCGUGAGCAUUGGGUCUCCUCCGGCAGCGAAGUCCGGAAGAUCGACGCGUCGCUGGCACCCAUUCAAGCUUACUUGGGCGUACUGGGAAUGCCCGGAAUGACCGCCUACGCGGGAAUGGUUCGCGUGGGCGAGGUUGCCGAAGGCGACACAGUGUUUGUUUCCGCCGCCGCAGGAGCGGUUGGUUCGGUGGUGUGCCAAAUCGCCAAGAACAAAGGUUGCCGCGUCGUGGGUAGCGCAGGCUCGCAAGAGAAGAUCGAUUGGCUGCGCGACGAAGCGGGCGUGGAUUAUGCCUUCAACUACAAAGAGGUCGAUAACCUUGCCAAGGAACUGGGCAAGGCCUGCCCCGACGGAAUCGAUUUGUAUUUCGAAAAUGUCGGCGGCGAUCACCUCGAAGCGGCCCUGGCCCGUAUGAACGACUUCGGCCGCGUAGUGGUGUGCGGCCUCAUCGAUCAGUACAACUCCCCCACGCCGCCUCCAGGCCCGCGAUCGUUUGUGAACAUCAUCCCCAAGCGGCUGAGAAUCCAAGGUUUCAUCGUUACCGAUCACCUCGAUAUCACCCCGCAGUUCUUUGGCGAGAUGGGCCCUUGGAUCGCGGCCGGUAAAAUGAAGUGGAAGGAAACCGUUGUCGAAGGUCUGGAAAAGGCCCCGGAGGCCUUCCUCGGGCUGUUCAAGGGCAACAACAUCGGGAAGAUGCUCGUGAAGUCGAUCGAAGAGCUGCAGCAUAUCAUCGACCGCAUCGGUUCGGAGAAGUCGCCGGUGGGGAUCGACGCCAAGCUCACGCACGCGAUCAUCAUCGAGUACCUCCGACAGAUCUCGGCCCGAGUCGAAGCCAUCGAGCGGCAUAUCAAUUCUCGCAGUCUUGGCCGGUUGCCUCGGAACACAAUCGGGCACGCGCGAAUCCUCUCCGUUGCACUUGUCGACAGGGAAGAGAGAAGAAUCAUGGCCCAAGCAAUCGUCGACCCGGACGAACUUCGCCGCUUCGCUCAAAGCCUCAAGCGUUUCACGAACGAACUGCAACAACACGGUUCGUCGCUCAACAGCCAGCUCAACACGCUGGGCAGCACGUGGCGCGAUCAAGAGCACACGAAGUUCGUCGAAGAAUUCGAGCAGCAUCUGAAAGUGCUCGCCCGAUUCACCGCCCUGCGGGUGGCCAUCCCUCGCUUUCAAGAAGAAGCCAGCGACGCGAUCGUCGCGCUGCAGCAGGAGAUCCACCGCUUUCUCGAUUGGCUUGAACACGACCAGUUGAAGUAUUGGUCUUACCAAAUGCGGAGGGCCAGCGAGAAGGUGGGCGAGGCAAGGGCCGAUCUCGAGCGGAAGCAAGUCAUCACCGUGGGUGGGGUAGCACCGCCGUGCUACGACGAGAAGCAAAUUCUCGCCCGGGCCAGGCAGCGCUAUCGCUACGCUGAGGAGAAGGUGGCCGAAAUCCGCCGUAUGCGCCGCGAGCUUGAGCACGAAGUUGCUGAGACCGAAGGACGCCUCACCACGUUGAGCGAUGCCCUGAUGGCCGAUGUACCCAAGGCCGCCGCAUUGCUCGACCGGAUGGUCACUUCGCUGCAGGCCUACGCCGAGAUUGGGAGUGAGAGCACAGAGGAGACAAGUUCGGCUGAGAGCGAUAUUGCCCAAAACAAGCUAGCGGCCGACGACAAUACUUCCCCGGACGACGCCCCGCAGGACGAGGGCGAGGUGCGGCUAGAAACCGAAGAACAUUGGAAGGAUGCCAACGGGCGGAACUUCUUCGAGAAUCACCUGAAUCCGCUGGAACCGAAGUGCAAUGCGGCCAUCAACUCGGUGAAUCACCUGGCCCAGGUGUUUGCCAAAAUCGAACAAGCUUGCGGAAUGAGUCAGCCACUUUCAAUCGACAGACAACGCGAGUUGAUUGCCGACUUGCAGCGUUCGAUUGCCCACAGGGCCGAGCUCGAGAACCAUCUCCGCCAGCAACGCGACGAUGCCCUGCAAACCGAAGAACGUCGCUACCAGAAAGCUACCGACGAUUUGGCCCACCGCUUCCGCAGCGUGAAGACGGCCACCGAGGCUGAGUAUGCGAACGUGGCUCGCAAGAUCGUCUCCCGCUUCGAGAGCGAUUCGCAAUCGAUCGACCGGCAAUACCAAACGGCGCGAUCCCGAACUGUCAGCCGUUUGAAGGCGGAGAAGGCCGACGCUAAACAGCGGCUGCAAGAGGCCCGCUGGGAAGCCGCCACGCUGUAUGAGGCCAACAAGCCGCUACCUCGUAAAGAACUGGCCGCGAAGAAGAACAAGCUUACGGCCGUCUCCCGCCAGGCCGGCGAGCUUCGCGAAUUGGCCAUCGACAUGCUGCGGCAGCGGUACAUGUGGUCCUCGAAACUCGAGCUGCCCAACUCAGAAGACCAGCCCACGGGCGAUGUGGACGAGUCUCUGUCGAUAGACGCGUUACUCGCCGAGGCCAGCGAAAGACUGGAAAGUUUGCGAGCCCAGCGACUGCCUAAGCUUUUCUCCGGUGCGGUGCCCUUCGUCGUUAUCCUUGCAAUUGGAAUUGCUCUCGCCGUUACCUCUGGGUCGCUGCUCGGCUGGUCGAACCUCAACUGGGUGUUUGUCAGCGGCGGAGGUACGAUCGUCGUUGCCGGGGUAUUGGGGGCCGUGUUGUUUCCUCGGGCCCGCAAGCAGUCGGCUACCGCCUAUGCAGAUCUGGCCGAAUCUUUGGGCCAACUGAAGACACUCAUCCGGAACACGGCCAAUCGAGCCGAAGAAGAGCGCAGUAAUCAAGAGGCCGGUAUCCUCAAGCGACGUGACGAUGCGGUUUCCGAUGCGGAAGAUGCCUACGCCCACGUGAAGUCGACGCUCAGCUACCAGCAGGAACGCGACCUGCAGCAAGCCAGCGAUACCCGACGUUCGCGAAUUAGCGAAGUUGAAAACCUUCGCGAGCGUGAACAAAGCGAAGCCGAUUCCAAGUACCCACAACUGCUGCGUGAGAUCGAAGAGCAGCGGGUCGCCGAGAUUGAAGAGACCGAACGAGCCCACCAAGAGCGGCUGGGAAAAAUCCAACACCACUUCCAAGAAGAGUGGGACCGGAUGCGUCAGCAAUGGUUCGAGGCCCUGGCCAACUUUCAGUCGGGCGCGGCCGAAAUGAACUCGCUGGCCAACGGCUAUUGCUACGAUUUCUCGGGCGACGUUCCCUGGCAGCCCCCGCAGCAAUACCCGCCGGGGCUGAAGUUCGGCGAGAUGAAUAUUGAUCUCACGCAGAUCAAGAACGGCAUUCCAGACGACCCAUGGCUGAAGCCCGACUUCACCAGGGCGACGCUUCCCGCGGUGGUUCCCUUCCCUGAGAAACCGUCGCUAUUGUUUCGCUGCCACGAUGCGGGUCGCGAAGUAGCAGUGCAGGCCCUGCAGGCGAUGAUGCUUCGCUUGCUCACGUCGUUGCCACCCGCCCAAUUGCGGUUCACGGUGAUCGAUCCGGUGGGACUGGGCGAUAACUUUUCGGCGUUCAUGCACCUGGCCGACUUCGACGAGAAACUGAUCACCAACAACAUUUGGGUCGAAUCGUCGCAUAUCGAGCAACGCCUGACCGAUCUCACCGACCACAUCUCCAGCGUCAUUCAGAAGUAUCUCCGCAGCGAGUUCCGCUCGAUUCAGCAAUACAACGAACAGGCCGGCGAAGUGGCCGAGCCAUAUCGUGUGUUGGUGGUCGCGAACUUCCCGGCCCAUUUCACCGAGUCGUCGGCGCGUCGAUUGGUGAGCAUUGCCAACAGUGGAGCGCGAUGCGGUGUGUUCACGCUCAUCAGCGUCGACACUAAACAAAAGAUGCCACACAAUUUUUCCCUCGAAGACCUGCAAUCGCAGGCCACCUCCCUGGUGUGGGAUGGUCAACGGUUUAUCUGGCCCGAGCGGAAGCUCGAGGAAUUGCCGCUGAAACUCGACACUCCGCCCGAACCCGAGAAGAUGGUUCAGCUCAUUCGCACCGCGGGUGAGGUGGCCGAGAAAGCCGGCCGUGUUGAAGUGCCCUUCGACGUGGUCACGCCCAGCGAGGGCAAUCUCUGGUCGCUCGAUGCACGCGGCGGAAUCGAUGUCCCGCUCGGUCGGGCUGGCGCUGCAAAGCUUCAACACUUGCGUCUGGGGCAAGGUACCUCGCAGCAUGUGUUGAUUGCCGGUAAGACCGGCUCGGGUAAGUCGACACUGCUGCACGCCCUGAUCACCAAUGCGGCCCUUUACUACAGCCCUGAUGAAGUUGAACUCUACCUGGUCGACUUCAAGAAGGGGGUCGAGUUCAAAGCGUACGCCACGAAUAAGUUGCCUCACGCCCGGGUGAUCGCCAUUGAAAGCGAACGGGAGUUCGGUCUGAGUGUGCUGCAACGACUCGGCGCCGAAUUGCAGAAGCGUGGCGACCGCUUCCGCGACUUAGGCGUGCAAGAUCUGAAAUCAUUCCGAGGUGCCCGCCCCGAUGAGCGGAUACCGCGGAUUAUGCUGAUCGUCGACGAGUUCCAGGAACUGUUCGUCGAAGACGACCGUCUCGCCCAAGAGGCCUCGCUGCUGCUCGAUCGACUGGUUCGCCAAGGUCGAGCGUUUGGCAUCCACGUGUUGCUCGGUUCGCAAACUUUGGCCGGCGCCUACUCACUUGCUCGCAGCACCCUUGGCCAGAUGGCUGUGCGAAUUGCCUUACAGUGCAGCGAUGCCGACGCGCAUCUCAUCUUGAGCGAAGACAACACGGCCGCCCGCUUGCUGGGGCGGCCCGGCGAAGCGAUUUACAACGACGCCAACGGGCUAUUCGAGGGUAAUCACCCCUUCCAGGUUGUUUGGCUUUCGGACGAGCGUCGCGAUCAUUAUCUGCACCGCAUUCGCGAAAUGGCGGACGCGGCAUCUGGUGAAGAGUUACCCAGGGUGGUGUUCGAAGGAAAUGUUCCAGCAGACAUUACUCGCAACACUGAUAUGCAGUCGAUGUUCGACGGAUCGCCGUCCGCGACCCCGAGUACCUCGCUCACGGCCUGGUUGGGCGAUGCGGUGGCGAUUAAAGACCCCACGGCCGUGGAAUUCUCCCGCCAAGGUGGAACCAACCUGCUCGUCGUGGGGCAACAAUCCGAGGCUGCACUCGGUUUGAUGACGGCCUCACUCUUCGCACUUGCAGCCCAGCAGCCGCCGGAGUUGCCCGAUGAUCAGGCUCAUGCGCAGUUUUACAUUCUGGAUGGAAGCCGCCCCGAGACGGCCGAAGCAUCGGACAUGUGGCGAUCCUUCGCUGAAGUGUUUCCGCACCGCACAAGUGUCGUCAGCCCGCGGGAGUGCAAGAAUGCCAUUGCUGAAGUGACUGAGAUUUUGAAGCAGCGGCAAGACUCAGGCGAGGAAGGUGGUCCACCGAUCUUCGUCACGAUCUUCGACCUGGCUCGAUUCCGCGAUCUGCGCCGCGACGAAGAUGAUUUCAGCUUCUCCGGGAUGGGCGACGACAAGCCCGCGAGUGCUUCGAAGCAACUUGGCGAAAUCCUUCGCGAGGGUCCCCCACUGGGAAUUCAUGUGCUCUUGUGGUGCGACUCGUACAACAACCUCAGUCGUUGGGUUGAUCGCGGUGCUCUUCGCGACUUCGAAUACCUGGUGGCCUUCCAGAUGAGUGCGAAUGACUCGAGCAACCUAAUCGAUUCGCCGGCCGCCAGCCGACUGGGUAUUCACCGCGGGUUGCUCGCCGACUUGACUCAGGGACGGCUCGAGAAGUUCCGCCCCUAUGGCUUGCCCACCAGGGAAUGGAUGGAAGCUCGCGCGGAGCAGAUCAAUUCCCAGCGUCAGCAAGCGGCCGAUUGA